AUUAUUAUUAUCUCUCUUCUCAACAAAUCCUUAACCCCACCACUGAAUUUUGUUUUCUUGUUUUAAAUAUAUAUAAUACAUAAGUAGUGUGUUUAGUGUACUUAUUUGGCGUACUCAAAAAUGGCGAAAAAAACAUACGAUUUAUUAUUCAAGUUGUUACUUAUCGGUGAUUCUGGUGUUGGUAAAACUUGUAUAUUAUUUAGGUUUUCAGACGAUGCUUUUUCCACUACAUUUAUUUCUACAAUAGGUAUUGAUUUUAAAAUCAAGACAGUCGAGUUGAGAGGAAAAAAAAUUAAAUUACAGAUAUGGGAUACAGCUGGACAGGAAAGGUUUCACACUAUCACCACAUCCUAUUAUCGUGGUGCUAUGGGAAUUAUGUUAGUUUAUGACAUUACAAAUGAGAAGACCUUUGAAAAUAUUGUCAAAUGGCUAAGAAAUAUAGACGAACAUGCAAAUGAGGACGUGGAGAAAAUGAUAUUAGGAAACAAAUGUGAUAUGGAUGAAAAAAGGGUUGUGAGCACAGAAAGAGGAGAGGCUAUAGCGAGAGAGCAUGGAAUUAAAUUUAUGGAAACAUCGGCGAAAGCAAAUAUUAAUAUAGAUCGAGCGUUUAGUGAAUUAGCUGAGGCAAUAUUGGAGAAAACUCAUGGUAAAGAGCCACAAGAUGCUCCUGAUCGAGUAACGGUCGAUCGACGAGUAGAAAGAAGUUCCAAUCGGUGCUGCUAAUUUUAUAAAUAAAAAAAAAAUAAUAAUAAUAAUUUUUCUGUGGACGCAUAAUAAGCAAUUUUCGUCUAUGUCCAUGAGGCUGUAUUCGUGGAUAGCAUUAGCUUUAUCGUGUUACCUCGUACUGCUUUUUGUAUAAUCAGUGACGGAUCAUAUAUAAUAUAAAACAUAUAUAUGAAGCACUGCCUAAGAAAAAAAAAAAAAUAAUUUUUGUUCUCGCGAUGUAAUUAUUAGAUUUUCUUCAACUUUCUAUAUAAAAGUAAAAAAAAAAAAAUAAUUAAAAAUUAAUACACUCUAAUGUUAUUCAAAUCUUAUUGAAUAGAAAAAUGAAAAACUAUCUCAUCAUUUUUCGAUGAGAAUAGAAAAUUUUGUACGUGAUUUUAUAAAAAUUUCAUCACUGAUACCUAUUUUAUACGAGUAAAUAACAAAUAUUUUACACACGAAGACUGUCUUUGUUCUCUCGACUUGGACUUGAAAAAAAAACAACAUGCGAUAAUUUAUCGUAGUAGGGUCAGUUUAUUAGCUUAUUAUAUAUAUAUAUAUAUAUAUAUAUAUAAAUUUUUGUUUCUUCGCUAAUAAAAUCGUGAGGGUUUAUUGACACGUGUGAUAAGCACCUUUUAAAAAAAAAUAUAAUAUUUCGAUUUAA